AUGAGGAUCCUGCUGAGUGAGCUGGGACUGUCUGGCGCGUGCCUCGAACUGACCCUGGAGUCGCGCGCCGCCUCUCUGGAUCCUGAAAAGCCAGCGCCAGGGCCGAGCGCCACUGAGCCGCGCUCGCCAAGCGCUUUCACGUCAAAUUCCUCCAGCAUGCUACUGCUGCAAACACACAGCAACUACGGUUCGUCCUUCACUGAUUUACCAAGCCUGUUGCCACAGUAUCAAGACGACUCAGCUGAAAUCUUAGAAGAGAACUUGGACCCAUUUCCUGACGUCGAAUUUCAUGCGCCUAUUCCUUUUGAAAUAAAAGCACAACGUACUACUCCAGUAAGUGAGACCCCGUCGCCUACCUUGGGCCCAGCGCUACCUAGUUUUGAAGAAACAUAUUCGGUUCGCUACCCAAAACAAGAAAUGGCGGAAUUUGGUCUUAAAAUGGACGAAGACUGUUACAAUGUCAGUGCUUAUUCGCACCCUGGACAUGCAUCGACACAAUUAUUAUAUCAAUAUCAUCAGCCAACUUUACCCUAUGUUCCUUCACCAUAUUACGCGCCAGCUCAGCCCUGUUCGCCUACAUUCGACACAGGUGGAGUCACUACCGCUCAGGAUUCUUAUUCUUUACCGCCUUUCCCAAGUUCAGUUGACUUACACAUAUCUACAGAACAAGCUAACAGGCAAAGAAGAUCAUCAUUGCCCGUUCAACGAUCUGAAUCUAAUAGCUCCAACGAUAGUCCCAAACUGCAUGGAAGUCGAAUCCAUUGCAUGCAAGCUUCAGCGCCGAGUUCUGCGUCUAGUUCACCCGGAGGUGUACCACAAGACAAUAAUGCAUCUCGAGCUGCCCCACCAUCACCCAGCCAACUAUGUGCUGUAUGUGGAGAUACUGCAGCAUGCCAACAUUACGGAGUUCGAACCUGUGAAGGAUGUAAAGGAUUUUUCAAAAGAACUGUUCAGAAAGGAUCGAAGUACGUGUGCUUAGCGGAAAAAUCAUGUCCGGUUGAUAAAAGAAGAAGAAACCGAUGUCAGUUUUGUCGUUUUCAAAAAUGCCUUGCUGUUGGUAUGGUGAAAGAAGUAGUCAGAACGGAUUCUCUAAAGGGCAGACGAGGACGAUUGCCGUCAAAACCGAAAUGUCCUCAAGAAUCUCCACCUAGUCCACCAAUAUCACUUAUAACAGCACUAGUAAGAGCUCACGUAGACACGUCUCCUGACUUUGCUAAUCUUGAUUACUCCCAGUACAGAGAACCAAAUCCAAUGGAACCUCCUGUUUCGGAUAUAGAAGUAAUCCAGCAAUUCUAUACUCUACUAUCAACAUCGAUCGAUAUGAUAAAAGUUUUUGCUGAAAAGGUACCAGGCUACGGUGAUUUGUGUCCAGAAGACAGAGAGCAGUUGUUUGCAUCAGCACGACUUGAGUUAUUUGUACUCCGUCUAGCCUAUCGCACUCGCCCUGAUGAUACUAAACUCACCUUCUGCAAUGGCUUGGUUCUCGACAAACGACAAUGUCAACGAUCUUUUGGUGACUGGUUGCACGCUGUACUCGACUUCAGCAACACUCUGCACUCUAUGGACAUUGAUAUAUCUACUUUCGCCUGUCUUUGUGCAUUGACAUUAAUCACAGAGAGACAUGGCUUAAAAGAGCCGCAUCGUGUUGAACAAUUGCAAAUGAAGAUAAUCGGAUGUCUUCGGUCUCACAUGCCAGGCGGAGGCGCGGCCAGUGCCGCCGGGGCGCCUCACUUCAGCCGCGUCCUCGGCGCUCUGCCCGAACUGCGCUCGCUCUCCGUUCAGGGUCUUCAAAGAAUCUUCUACCUGAAGCUCGAAGACUUAGUGCCAGCGCCUCCGCUGAUUGAAAACAUGUUCCGCGCCAGUUUACCCUUCUAG